AUGUUUAUUGUCGUCUGUUUUCAUGCUUAUGUUUUCUUGAUUAGUGGACUUAUUAUUAAUUUUUUACAAUUAUGUUCAUGUGUUAUAUGGCCAUUUAAUAAAGAACUUUAUAGAAAAGUUAACUGCUAUUUAGCAUUGGGUAUAUGGAGUCAAUUUACUUUCUUUGCCCAAUGGUGGUCAAACAGCAAUUGUGUGCUGUAUAUAAAUCCUGAAGAUCUUGAAAGAGUUCGUAAGGAACAUGCUAUUGUUAUAAUGAAUCAUAAAUAUGACAUUGAUUGGCUUGCUGGUUGGGUUAUUUGUCAACGUUUGGGUAUAAUGCAGGGAUCAAAAAUAGUUGGUAAACAAUCACUUAAAUUAGUUCCUAUUGUUGGGUGGUGUUGGAUAUUUACUGAAUCAAUAUUUUUACGACGUGUAUGGGAAAGUGAUCGUGAAACAUUGGUUAAAGAUUUACGAAAAGUACUUGCUAAUUAUCCAAAAAAUUAUUUUUUUAAUUUUUUACUAUUCUGUGAAGGUACACGAUUUACCGAAAAAAAAAGAUCAACAAGUAUGAAAAUUGCAAAGGAAAAAGGAUUGCCAGAACUUAAACAUCAUAUUCUUCCUCGUACAAAAGGUUUUACUUUAUUAUUACAAGGAGCAGAAAAUCGAAUUACAGCUAUAUACGAUUUAACAGUUGGUUUUAAAGAAAAUGGAGCUGAACCAACACUUCUUAGCAUAUUAAAAGGACGUUCAUGUCAAGCAGAAAUAUUUGUGAAACGUAUUCCAGUUUCGAAAAUCCCACAAGAUACCGAAGGAUGUAAUAAUUGGGUUCAUGAAUUAUAUCAAGAAAAAGAUAAAAUAUAUGAUUAUUUUGUUAAUCAUGGUACAUUUGAAGGAAACGGUUUACCACGAAUUGAAAUUCAACGUAAUUAUAAUGAUUUAUUGAUUGAAAUUGCUUGGAUAUUAAUUAUUGGUGUACCAUCAUUAAUAUAUUUAUUUAAAUUUCUUUGGACAAGUUCAUUUUUGGUACAAUUAGUUUUUGCUGCGUUGAUUUGUAUUGCAACAAUUGGAGUUCGAGCUAUGAUAGCAGUUACAGAAACAAAACGCGGUUCACAUUAUGGUGAAACACAUAAAGAAAAAUAA